AUGGUCAUAACACUGGAGUGGUCGUGCAGGGACCAAGAAGACCAGGUCUUUGACCCCACUGCUUGCCACCUUCUGAUCCUGUCCAUCUCUCCGAGCCUUUCGGGAACCAGAGCAGAGCAGAGCAGGGCGCCAGGGCAAGAACGACCGAGUCCUCACGGGACUGGACCGACGCUGGCGGCGGAGUGGUGGUGGCCGUCGCUGGCGGCGUGGCUGGGCUCCGAGGCCGCGUGGUUCCUUGUCCUAAACGCGGUCGUCGGCGCAAUCGCCGUGCUGUCCUCGCGGGCGCGUCCAACGGCGUCGCCACGCAGUGGCGGCGGGGUCACGCGCAGGGCCUCGUCGGUGUUGCUGCAGCGCCUCCGCUCCCUUUCGAUCUUCUCCUACCCCUCCGCAUGCUUCGACACCCCGACCUUGCUGCAGCCCGUUGACGCCCACACCGCCGCCCAAGCAACAGAGGAGCCGGUGACACAACCGAGGAUGGCCAUGCCGUCGCCGCGCGAGCUCGUGCCCACAUCACAGCCAGCGCCGGCAGCAGAGGAGGAGGACCCGAGCGCGAUGAGCAUGGAGGAUGCCUAUGCUCUGGUCCUGGCCUCACGGCGGCCGCCAGAGCCGGAGACGCGGUCCGACGUGGAUGCCAAGGCGGAGGAGUUCAAGGAGAACCAGCGGCAGCAGCGGCUCAACUCCAUCUUCAACUAUACCCAGAUGCUCAAGCAGCGCGCGCUCGGUGCUGGCCGCCGCCAGCCGGAUGCCCGGCCACAUCAGCUUUGA